ACCAGUGUCGAAGAACCUGAAGGCUGAUGCUCUUUCCAGAGUGUACAUGGUGGAGACCACCAACCAGUCUGUGCCCAAACCCAUCCUUCCUCCUGCUCGGAUUAUGGGGAUGGUAUCAUGGAAAGUGUAGGACCUGGACACACUUCACUUCAUUCCACUUCGCAAACUGCCUUCUUCCUCUGAGACGGCUGACCUCCUCACCCUGCACGUCGUCAAGCAGCAUGAGAUCCCGAUGGACAUCGUUUCAGACCGGGGCCCUCAGUUUACCUCCAAGGUAUGGAGAGCGUUCUGCAAGGGGAUCGAGGCCUCGGUCAGCCUCACUUCCGGAUACCACCCGCAGAGCAGCGGGCGGGCUGAACAGGGCAACCAGAGUUUGUGUGACACACCGCCAACCCACAUCCUGGAGCAAGUUUAUUCCUUGGGUGGAGUACUCUUACGAUGCCAUGAAGAGCACCGCCACUGCAGGAACAGGAGAUUGCGGUCCCCUCCACGAAGCCCACAUUAAGGAGCGUCAGAGGGUGUGGAGAGCCGCCCGGGCGGCAAUGAAAAAAGCAUCGGAGAGGAUGUGCCGCAGCGCCAACAGACGCCGCAUCCCGGCUCCUUCGUAUCAGCCGGGACAACUGAACAUGUUGGAGCUGCUGGAAGAACUUCCCAACGGUGCUGCAGGAGACAAAGUCAGAAGUUACAUCUACCAGCUCAUCAAGGCCAUCAACUGGUGUCACAGGAACGACAUCGUGCACAGAGAUAUCAAACCAGAGAAUCUGCUCAUCAGUUCUGAGGAUGUUCUCAAGCUUUGUGACUUUGGUUUUGCGCGGAACUUGUCGGAAGGAACCGAUGCCAACUACACGGAGUACGUGGCCACCAGGUGGUACCGCUCACCUGAGCUGCUCCUGGGAGCGCCCUACGGCAAGGCGGUGGACAUGUGGUCAGUGGGGUGCAUUCUGGGAGAGCUGAGUGACGGACAGCCUUUGUUUCCUGGGGAGAGUGAGAUUGACCAGCUGUUCACCAUCCAGAAGGUUCUAGGAGCACUUCCUGCUGAGCAGAUGAAACUUUUCUACAACAAUCCUCGCUUUCAUGGAAUCAGGUUCCCCUCAGUGACGCACCCUCAGACCCUGGAGAGAAGGUACCAGGGCAUUUUGAGUGGCCUGAUGGUGGAUCUUAUGAAGAACCUGCUGCUCCUCAACCCCACCGAGCGCUUCCUGACGGAUCAGAGCUUGAACCAUCCCGCCUUCCAGCCUCUCAGGCAGCAGGAGAGAGAGAGGAGCUCCGUGUCCUCACCCAACCCCUCUCGCUCCUCCAAGAGGAAGACUCACCACCACGGGGAGAACACCGUCCCCACCAGGAGUCACAACAAGACGUCCAGCCAGCGUCGCUCCAGCAGCAAAGAAUGUUCCAGCCUCCCUCGGCACGGAGACCUCCAUCACCUUGGCAACGAGAGUUUUGUCAACGGCAACAAAGCCCCGUCCAGUCUGAGUCCGACCCUCUACCCCAAGACCCAGUACCUGUCCCAGACCCUCAACCGCUCCAGCAAAGACCUGACCAACAACAACCUGCUCAGCCCCAAAGAAGUGGUCAACCAGACGGAGUUCGACUUCAGUCCGGGACCGUCGGCCAAGUUGUCGGAACCAGGCCACGGAGCAAAGUACAAGACCCCCGCCUCUUCUCGCGCUCAACAACAACAACAACAACAACAAGGUGGGCGGCACACCUCCAACACCCUGCAGUCAGCUGGAGAGAAACAACAUGGCCGACACUCCCACAACAUGGCCGACUCCGCCCAUGGAUCCAUGUCGUCCUCGUCCAAAAGCUCCGCCUCCUAUCUGAGCUUGUCCAAGAGCCACGGCGCUUUGAGCGACGCCAAGUCUGUGGGCAACCUCAGCGAUGGCCGCCCGCACCACGACGACGCCAACGCCAACGCCAACACCAACACCAACACCGCGGUCGCACCGAGCGCUCGCUUCUUCCCCGCCAGCUGCCUCGACCUCAACGCCCCCUCGGGAGCGCCGGGACUUCCUGGCAGUCCCUCGCCACGCCACGCCGAGCACUCGGGACAUAGCCCCGCCUCCCGCGGCGCCGGAAACGUCCGCCUGGAGAGCAGCACGCUGGACUCCUCCUCCAGACACAAACCCAGACAUAAAUCUUUGGCUCCAGACGAGUCCAAGGCUGCAGAGCUGCUGGACCCAGGACCAGGACCAGGCCCAGGAGGUGGUGUGGGGGUGUCGUGCACUCGCACCCUUCCUUCCCCACACGAGUCCUACCAUUACGGGCUGGGCUACACCUCGCCCUUCUCCUCCCAGCAGCGCCCGCAGCGCCACUCCAUGUACGUGAGGAGAGAGCGCCACCGGCCUCACGGCGUACAAUCCAAUAUGGCGGGCUUGCCCCCCCCGGGGCAGGCGGUCCCGACACGAGCCAGUAGUCUGCAGCUUCUGUCCCCACAGCUGCAGCACCGCACCACCCACUCGGGGAGCUCCUCCCGCGAGGACUGCAGUGACACCAGGGUGAGUGACACCAGGGGCGAGUUGUCCCCUAAAGACCUGAACCACCCGUGUGCCGCCAUCUUGGACUCCACCGCUGCCUUCCACGCUCAGAGGUCCAAACACGAGGUGGCGAUGUAUCACGACCCUCAUGGCGAGGAGGGCGUGGCCUCCAAGGAGAACCGGAUGAUCUUCACAGAGUCCAUGCCAAGGAGAGUUGGCAGCUUCUACAGAGUCCCGUCCCCCAGACCAGACAACUCCUCGUCUUUCCAUGAGGGUGUCGGCCAGGGCCGAGGACCGGGGGCACCCAUUGUCCCCGGCAACCCCGUCUCCAUGGCCAACCACACCCAACGCCAGACUGCCUUUGACUGGACGUCUGCAGAAGCCAUGGUGAUGAAUCCUCCUGAGGCUGUGAAGGAGAAAGGAAGAUCAAGUUUCUUCAGGGCCAUCAAGAAGAAAAAGAAGAAGACACAAAUAACCGACAUGGCGGACGGCAGGAGUCCAAUCAUCAAGAAGAGUCUUUUCCCACUCUUCAGUUCCAAGAACAGCCUGAAGCACACCUCAGCUGGGAAGGUCUUACCUGUGGUGGCCUCACAGCCCCCCCCACCCUACCCUUCAGCAGUCCCCGCACAAGAUCACGUGUCCCUGCAGAGGAGCUCCAAGGCGUCGUCUCACCACGGAAGCCGAGGGAAAAACCGAGAGCGAUCUCGGGACAGAGAAAGAGAACGAGAGCAGAGCCGAGAGCGGGAGAGAGAGAGAGACAGAGAGAGAGAGAGAGAAAGAGAGAGAGGGAGAGAGAGAGUGAAGGAGUGGCCAGCAGACAAAGUAGUGGACUCUCACUCUCACUCUCACUCUCUCUCUCACUCUCACUCUCACUCUCAGCAGAGCCAACCCCUGAAGUCCUUGCGUAGGCUCCUACAUCUGUCGCCUUCCUCGCCAAACCAAGGAGCGGGUCCUCCUCCGCCUCCUCCUCCGGACCUGCGCUUCCCGCCCCCUCCCCCCGGCGCCCCCCAGUCCUCCUCCAAGGCCCCGUACCCCGAGGUCAGAGGGCACGCGGUGAGCACUUCCUCUCAGGCCAAAGGUCGCCAGGCCCAGCUGGAGUCGGCCUGGCACGUGUCGGCGCUGCAGCGGGCAGACGGCGUUCAGUUGACGGCCGAGCAGCUGGGCAUGAACGGACCCGCCUUCACUCGUGCCUCACGCGGCAGGAUGCCCAACCUCAAUGACCUGAAGGAGACCGCCCUCUAAACCUUCACAAUAAAAGCAUUUGCCUGAUCCCACUUUAGUUCCACAUCUUGUAGAAGAACUUUCAGGUGAUGCUGCCAUCUUCUGGUCACGCCACACAAUCUUUCAUAUGAAAAGGAUUUCCUCCAAGGAUAUAAGCUAUAAAUGUACCUGGGCUUUAUGGAAAUAUGAUGAUAAUUAUUAUUAUUAUUACCAGAGCUUUACUUUGACACACACACAGUAGAUAUUUAAGACUAUUUCUCACAUAUGUAUUUCUUUUGUCUUUCAUAAAAUCAUUGUAAUAACAUUCACAACUCAUGAUAUUAUUCAAAAAUCAUCAGGGCAUUCAAAAAUCAUUACAAUAUUGUUUCAAAAUGAUCUUCAUAACAUUCAAAAAUCAUUAAAAUAACGUUCAAAAAUCAUUAUAUUAUUCAAAAAUCAUCAUAACAAUCAUUAUAAUGUUAUUCAAAAAUCAUCUUCAUAACAUUCAAGAGCAGGAAGAUGAUUACUGUAAGAGUCCACCUUUAAUAUUUAUUGAUGCUUUGUUUGCUUUCUUUACGUUUUUGAUCAGUUUACAUUUACCAACAACUAUCUUUUGCUUUGUUUACAUUUAACAACAACUAUCUUUUGCUUUGUUUACAUUUACCAACAACUAUCUUUUGCUUUGUUUACAUUUACCAACAACUAUCUUUUGCUUUGUUUACAUUUACCAACAACUAUCUUUUGCUUUGUUUACAUUUACCAACAACUAUCUUUUGCUUUGUUUACAUUUACCAACAACUAUCUUUUGCUUUGUUUACAUUUACCAACAACUAUCUUUUGCUUUGUUUACAUUUACCAACAACUAUCUUUUGCUUUGUUUACAUUUACCAACAACUAUCUUUUGCUUUGUUUACAUUUACCAACAACUAUCUUUUGCUUUGUUUACAUUUACCAACAACUAUCUUUUGCCUUGUUUACAUUUACCAACAACUAUCUUUUGCUUUGUUUACAUUUACCAACAACUAUCUUUUGCCUUGUUUACAUUUACCAACAACUAUCUUUUGCCUUGUUUACAUUUACCAACAACUAUCUUUUGCCUUGUUUACAUUUACCAACAACUAUCUUUUGCUUUGUUUACAUUUACCAACAACUAUCUUUUGCUUUGUUUACAUUUACCAACAACUAUCUUUUGCUUUGUUUAUGUUUACCAACAACAAUAGUUUGCUUGUUUACAUUUAUUAACAACAAUCUUGUGCUUUGUUUACCAACAACAAUAGUUUGCCUUGUCUCAAGUCUGACGUGAAAAUGUAAACAAAAAGAAUGUCUUUUAUGCAACAUCACACACAACAAUGGAUUUGUUUUUGUUUUGCUUCCAACUAAAUUCGAAUCUUGUGGGCGGGGCCUCCUCUGGACCGCAAGUCAGAAGCCUUGUCAUUGGCCAAUAGUCUGACAUCUUCCUGUUGUUGCCGGAAGUAGUCCGGGGCACGUGACCAUGUGACACGGACCAAUAAAAAGGCUUGUAAGGUUUUGCUCAAAGGAAGCCCCGCCCAUAAGACGCCAUUUGCGUCAUAACAGGAAAAGGAUUUGAUUUAACAAAUUAUGAAUUCAUUUUUUUUGGUUUGCAAAUCUUUUUUAAGUCGCCCCCCGCCCCCGCCCCCCCCCCCACACACACACACACACAUUGUGAUCACGAAUGUUUCUUCAAACUGCACUUUGUUGUUUCCUUUAUUUGAUGGCCACCCUGACAGGAUGUGCGUAGAAAUAAUAUCUUUACUUCUAUGCUAAAUCACACCCUUUCACAAUAAAAG